UCUGUUUCCGGUAUCACGUGAAAAGUCCCGUACAAAACAAGUGUAUGACAAUCUUUGUAAUUACGAACCCAUUUUAUUCUUUUGUCAUGAAAUAUUGUAUAUAAAACAUUGUCUAGAUAGGAGCAAUUAAAGGGAGAUUGAAGCUACAGAUUUUUGAAAUAAUCUGUUGCGAGCAAUAUCACGAAUUAAAAUGUCUGGUUUAAUGAAUGAAUACUGGCUAAUAUCAGCUCCUGGGGACAAAACUCCUCAAAAUACAUUUGAGAGACUAAACCAAGCGACAAAGUCUGGAAGUGAUAGACUUUCUGAAAACUUUAAAUUCAAUAUCCCAGAUCUUAAGGUUGGCACACUUGAUGUCCUGGUGGGUCUGUCAGAUGAUCUUAAUAAAACUGAUCUUUACACAGAGAGUAUUGUAAGGAAGACUGCAUCAACGCUGGAGGAUGUUUUGGAAUCGUCAGAUAAAGGAAGCUUUUCAGAGAACUUGCGCAUCGGAGGGGACACCCCACCACAAAUUUACAUGCAGAAGUUCAGCUGGGACUUGGCCAAGUAUCCUGUUAAACAGCCUCUUAGAGCUAUUGCUGAUGUUAUCUCCAAGGAUGUGUCACACAUAGAAGAGGAAUUGAAAACCCGAUACAACAAAUAUAACAAUCUUAAAGGCAAUCUACAGCAGCUGGAGCGCAAGGCAACUGGCAGUUUGUUGACUCGAAGUGUGGCUGAGCUGGUGAAAAAGGAAGAUUUUAUUCUUGAUUCUGAAUACCUUAUAACUUUAGUUGUGGUGAUUCCAAAGACCACGACCGAAGAAUGGAUGAAAAAAUACGAACGACUAACAGACAAAGUAGUGCCCAGGUCUUCCAGGGUUUUGUUUGAAGAUGCUGAACAUCAGUUGGUCUCUGUGACUGUAUUUCGACUAGUUCAAGAUGAGUUCAAAAACAAAUGCCGUGAAAAUAAGUUCAUGGUUAGAGAGUUCCAGUACAAUGAGGAAGAAAUUCAGGCCGGCAAAACAGAGCUCGAGAAACUGAACUCUGACAAGAAGAAGAAAUUUGGUCCUCUUGUGAAAUGGCUGAAAAUUAACUUCAGUGAAGCAUUUGUGGCCUGGAUGCAUAUCAAAGCCCUACGUGUGUUUGUGGAGUCUGUAUUGAGAUACGGUUUACCUGUGAACUUUCAAGCUAUGCUUAUUCGACCAAUAAAAAAGAACCACAAGCGUUUGAGGGAGAUUUUGAAUCAACUUUAUGGCCAUUUGGACUCUACAGCUCUCUCUGGUGAAAAGAUGAGAGACAUGGAGAUCCCAGGCCUGAACCUGACAGCUUCCGACUACUACCCCUAUGUUUUUUACAAGAUCACGCUGGAUAUGUUGGACUCACAGAAGAUAUAGAACUGCAGUUUCAUGUGUAGAAUUUUUUUCUAUAUUUCCAUGCAUCUCAUUUUUCUUCAAUUAGGACAUUUCUCAGAGAGCUAGCUUGAGCCAAAAAUAAUCAAAAUAUGUCCCCGGAUUUUUUUUUUUUCACAAAGAAAACCAUGUACUCUUAAUUGGAUUAUUUUAUUAAGCUAAAUCUUCUUUGUCGGGUCUAUUUCCAAUUCUGAACUUAAGAUGAUUGUUUUUGGUGAAUUUUUGUUGCGCAGAAAAAAAAAGAAUGAAAAAUUUGACUGUAGUUUAACCAGAUUUUUUUUUUAAAGUCACUUUUGAAUAUAAUUUGUAUAGGUCAGUGAUAUCCUCAUUUUAAAAAAUGAAAUUUAGCUCAUUGCGUGUUACAUUGGGGAAGUACAAUCAUGCAAUCAUAUGAUUGAUGCGUAUGCAGCGACCAAACUUUGCUUGGAUCAUUCCAAAACACAAGGACAUAAACAUUUUUGUGAUACUUUGUACACAACACAUUGUAAAAUAAAUAAACUUUUUUGUAUCUUUCACUUUUCAUUGUAACCUAGAGCUCAGUGUAAAACUGUUACGUCCUCAUGGACUGUAUGUGGAUGUGUGAUAUAAUCAGGUCGUAUAUACAUAAUAACAUUUGGUAUAACCAUGAUGUGAUAUCAAUUCUAGUUUUUAUAUUUAUUGUCUUAAGACUCCAGUUCAAAUAGAUUUAGCCGAGAUGUCAGCUACGGAAGAUUACAGAGAGCUUUUUUUUGUUUCUUUUUAUAUUUUAUAAUUGUACUUGUAAAGUUAAUUGCGUACGAACUAAACAUGCACUUGUAAAAAAAAAAAACCCAGUGUUUUCCCAAACUAUUGAGAGUGAGAGCACAAAAUGUAAUCUUUGCAUCGAUAUGCAUUUUGAUUGAGAUGUAUUUAUUAUGUAUUUUCUGGUAUAGGGUUUAAAUUGAGGCACCUGUUUGAUGUUCAGUUCAAAAUGGACUUAACCAAAUAGGAUGCAGUUGUUCCCUCUUUUUAUUUAAUUUAAAAAUAUUUGCGUUAAAAGUUUUUUUCAACCAAUCCAUGCAUGUCUGAUGAUUAUAGUCAUCAUUCUGGACAUAUUUUUAAUUAAACAUUUAUUUUUUGAGAUGUUAAUAUAUAAAUGCGUCUUGCUCCAUCUCUGUGUUGUGUAUUUUAAGUGAAUUAGCUCAAGUGAUGUACAUGUUUGAGUCAUGCUGAGAGUUUAAAGCUGUGUGUGUGAGUGUGUAUGCUUUGUACGGGACAGACUGAAGCUUAGCAUCGAAACACUCAGACUGCCACAAUAAGUAGUUACAUGGCAAGGCAUUGGAGAUUUUCAUGAGAAACUAAGCACUGUCGAGGAGACUAAUUUAAACUUCAAUUUCGCUACAUAUAGAAGAGUUUAAAUAAUACAACUCAAGCAUAAUUUAUCAACAUUUAUAGUAUAUCAACAUUUAUAAUUUAUCAACAUUUCUUUUGCUCUGACUGGGUAAACCAACAAAAGGCUUGCUAUUUAUGAGUUUGCUCCCAUGUAAGAAAAUGAUGCCUAUAGCCAGAUUGUCAAAACUGCUCCUUAGAAGUAAUUUUAAAGAUAAAUCUUGUUUUAUGAAUAUACAACUUUAUGGAAAUGUUGGUUCAUCUUUUUGAUUCUGUGUUGGCAAACAUGUUUGAGCUGUAUAAAUAUAAUUUGAAAAAAAAAAAAAAAAAAGGAAAAUUAAUUUACAUAAUAAUAAGGUAUUGUAUUCGAUACCAAAGAUUAAUUAAGGAUGAGUGCAGUAUCUCGUGACCAUGCAGCCCAGCUGAUGUGGCCUGCAUAUUUUGUCACCUCUGAUGCAGACAAAGCAGUUGUCCCACAGGGGUCUUUUUAAUGUUUGGCUGUUAAAGCAUUAGUGUCAAUAUGUUUACAAAAGUUUAUUUUUUUUAGUUUUAUUGAAGAAAUGAAUUGAUAGUGUAUCAAUGGGGGCCCUAAUGUUCAUUUUUGAUGCUAUGUUUCAGUAGAUUGGUCGGGCUGUCAUUGUUUUCCCAAUGUUGAAUGUAAAUAUGAUUCUCUUUCUGUCAUUCUGAAUGUCACUCAUAGAUGAGUUUAGUAUUGAGUAUGUAGCUUCAUGUGUAAUGAUGUAGACACAUCAAGUAGCUUAAUAAAGGGUAACAUAAACAAAA